CUCUUCUUCCUCCUUCCCCGUGUUUCUUUCUCUCUCUGCAUCAUCGAUCAUUUCCCCGCUUUCCCUUUCCUCCUUUCUCUUCCCUUCCCUUCCCACUGUUAAAAUCACAAAUCUUUUCUUCCCCUCGAACCAACCCUUUUGAUUCUUUCCUCCACCCUUUCUCUCUCCCAGACGUCUCUCUCUCUCUCAGAAUCAUCUGACACACAAAUCAGAGGAAAAAGAAAAAACGGAAGCCGCCAUAGCCAAAACCUCCAUCACCGCCUCUGCAACAACAUCAAGAAGAAGAAGAAGAAGAAGAAGAAGAAGAAGAAAAGCAGCAGAAGCAAACAAGCUUGCCACCACAAUCACAAUCAUAAUCAUCCUCCUCCUCGGAUUCCCCUGAUUCCAGAAACCCCCAAAUUCUCCUCACCCGCGAUUUCUGAUUCCUUCCCAUCAUUUUCGCUUCCAUCGUUGGGAAUCAGAGCGGCAGAAGUUUUGGGUGUCUCUGUUUAUGUAUGUUCGGGGAGUAAAUAUGGCUGCCGGCACAGAUUUCUCUCCUCCCUUUGCUCUGCUAGACGGCGGUGGAUACAACAAUUCCAGUAUUAACAAGGAUACCAGUAGAAACCUCUCCCCACCGCCGACGAGAAUUCCGACGGCGUCAAGCAAAUCCCUAAUGGCAGGCCUCCCCGCCACACCAUCCCAUCAGCCAGGCUCCUCGCCGCCGCCGAUCUGCCUAAUUGAUUUGGAAUUUCGAUCCCCCUUUUCCCUUUUUCUUCUCCAGGCUAUGGAUGUUGGGAUUGUCGUCAAUAAGUCGCCGUCCGAUGAGAAGACCGAUUUUUCGCCGGUCUUCCGAUCAGGGAGUUGCGCCGAGGAAGGUCCCAAGCAGUACAUGGAGGAUGAGCAUGUCUGCAUAGAUGAUCUCAACCAACAUCUGGGUUCAACCACUGCCAGCUUCUCCUCCAUGGGAGCUUUCUACGGGGUGUUUGAUGGCCAUGGAGGCACGGAUGCAGCUCUGUUUGUGAGGAACAACAUAUUGAGAUACAUAGUUGAUGACUUCCAGUUUCCUAUGUGCGUGGAGAAGGCAAUCAAGAGUGCUUUCGUGAGAGCUGAUUAUGCUUUCGCAGACGAUAGUUCUCUUGAUAUCUCGUCUGGCACCACGGCUCUCACUGCUCUUAUGCUUGGCCGGACAUUGAUCAUCGCCAAUGCUGGGGAUUGUCGAGCAGUGCUGGGUCGACGGGGCAGAGCAAUCGAGAUGUCCAAAGACCACAAACCGAACAGCACUUCUGAAAGGCUAAGAAUUGAGAAGCUUGGGGGAGUCAUCUAUGACGGCUACCUCAAUGGCCAGUUGUCGGUCUCCCGUGCACUAGGCGAUUGGCACAUGAAGGGUCCCAAGGGGUCUGCAUGUCCCCUUAGCCCGGAGCCCGAGUUGCAAGAAACAAACUUAUCCGAGGAAGACGAGUUCUUAAUAAUGGGGUGUGAUGGCCUUUGGGACGUGAUGAGCAGCCAGUGUGCAGUGACGAUAGUAAGGAAAGAGCUCAUGCUCCACAACGACCCCGAGAGGUGCUCAAGGGAGUUGGUCAGGGAAGCACUGAAGCGAAACACAUGCGAUAACUUGACGGUUAUAGUUGUUUGCUUCUCCCAGGAUCCACCGCCUCGGAUCGAGAUCCCUCAGACAAGAGUUCGCAGGAGCAUAUCGCUCGAAGGUUUGAACUUGCUCAAGGGCGUGCUUGAUGAGAACUCAUGAGCGAUGGAGGAUGGGAAUGAAUGGCCUUUGUACAGGACGUAUUCUUGAUGUCCCGCUAUCAUCGAGAAGAGCCUUGUUCAUGUUCCUUGGAAAUGCAGAACCUUAUGAUGCAAGCUAAAAAAUGUUGUACCGAUCUGGGAGAUGGUUCAUUGUUCUGAGUGGCUGAGAUGCAUGGCUUGCUGGCCUGCUGCCUUAAUUUUUGAUUUAUCCAUUGUACAUAAACAUGGAACUCAUUUUGUUACAUUUUUUACUUCAAAUGUUGUACUGUUAUUUUGAUUACAUGAUGCUAUCACAAUUUUUUAGAGAGUUCAUUGAAUUAAAUGAUCAUGUCUAUUCUUUUCUGAUUUUGUAUA